CCCAAAAAAAAAAAAAAAAUUAGGGCAAAUCAUUCGACCUUACCAAUUGUCUUCAAUCUCGAGGGUUGAGAAUUGAUCUUCCGAAUCAAAUGUUUAAAACCUAUAUAUUUCUCUACAUCUCUCUCUAGUCUCUGCAACUGCAAGAAUCAAAAGUUCAAAACCCAUAUCAGCAUAUGCCGCAUAUCACUAUAUCAGAUUGUCUCUAGUCUCUACAAGUUUGCAACUUCUUUUCCAUUGCUGAUCGCCCGUUGUUCAAGUGAACUGCAGAAGCUUACUCAUGGCUCCAAAUCGUUUUUUCGCGGGUUGCACUGCACUCUUGGCGGCCGCCAAGGGCUCCGCCGCAGCCACUGCCGCCGCCACUCCGGAGCUGGUUAGCGUGCUUAAAGUUGUACCAGUAUCACCGGCUUUAGGGGAGUUUCUCGGUCUGCCUGAAUCGCCUGAAGCAUCCCGCACCCACACCAUUCGGACAAUGUGGGCUUACAUAGUGGCCAACAAGCUCCAGGACCCCGUGGACGUGGGAAUCAUCCACUGUGAUGAUAAAUUGAAGCCCUUAUUUGAAGGGAAAGACCGUGUUAAACUAUUGGAUAUCCCAAAACUGUUGACCGAAGCGGGGCAUUUCAAAGAUUACAAAAUUUCUAUCAGAGUGCUCCUGUGAAUUCUAUUCCCGGGAUGUAACCUGGUAUGGACUCGAGGCAGAAGAAUGUGGUUGUUGGCUAAGGGGUGAUUUUGCUAUUAAAUGAGUUACUUAUUGUUUCUGGGAAGUUUGGAAAAUGAGCAGAGGGAGGCUACUUUUACCUAUAUCAUCAAAAGAUAAUUUUGAUGCUCAGAUAUUGGAUCUGAUCUUGGUGAUGAAGUUUGGCCUGACAUAGGUUAGAUUGAUGACUAUGGUAGUGUAUUGAAGGUUAAGAUUUUCUAUUGUUUGGUGAAUGAGAAAUUAAUGGAAUUUGGAUAUAUAUAUAU